AUGGCUGACGAUGAGAACCAGAUCGAAGCCGAAAUUCAAGCCGAACAAAAUGCACGUCUGAAGAAACGAGAUGAAUCAACCCAGCGCACCGACACCAACAAGGCAUCCUUGACCGGCGGUCCUUCGUACGACUUGGAUAUCUACAGUGGCAAUGGUCGUUUUGAGGGCUAUGACACAAGUAUCCAAGUUGGGGGGCGAAAUGUCGACCGCAUGGAAGAAGAAGAAGAAGACAGGCCGACCCGAAUGCUAGAUUCCUACACUGCGCCAAAGCAGUUUUUGCAGGAGUUAGCUGACGAUGCAGAGGACGCAGAAGACCCGCUUCUCUCAGCCCUCAAGGCAAAAGAAAUCCAAUCCCGUCAAUCCGAUUACCACAACAGACGGUUCGAUCGUGACCCUGGGGCGGCUGUCGGAUCAGAUCCGUUUGCAUCCCAGUCAAAUGACAAAGCUCAAGAGGAAGGCAGCUACAAGGAGGCGAUGCGCAGGGCCGAAUUAGAGCGGGAAGAAGCUCGGGUAAUGAAAAAGAUUAAAGAAAAACAGAGCGAGACAUCCGAUCAGAUGGAUGUCGAUCACCCCGAAAGGGCCAAAACGCCGACAAUGGAGGAACCGCCGACGCCUGUCUCCUCUACUGGUAGGAAAAAACGUCGUUGGGAUGUUGCCGAUCCCAAUUCCACCACCACUUCAGGCGAUUCCUCUGCAACGACCCCAUCCACUGGUGAGUGGUCCAACACCGAAGGAUCCGGCACCCCCGCCAAAAAAUCCCGAUCGAGGUGGGACCAAACACCAGCACCCGGAACAGCGGAUGGUGCAACCCCCCGGAAAUCUCGCUGGGAUCAAACUCCCGUCAAUAAUGGAGCAGCCACCCCGAUGGUCGCUGGACAAUUCGGUCAAACCCCACUUCAUGUUAGUGGUGCUAAUGGGUUUGCGAUCCUCGGAGGGGAGAUGUCAGAGCUUGACAAACGAAACAGACCACUCUCAGAUGAAGAGCUGGAUGCGCAACUUCCAUCAGAAGGAUACGAAAUCGUUACUCCACCCGCUGGCUACGCGCCUAUCCGUACACCAGCCCGCAAACUGAUGCAAACUCCAGCCAGCACCAGCGGCGGGUUCACCAUGCAAGAAGACUCGGCGGGUCUUGGGGGCUCGAUGAGUCUGGCUCCAGAACUUCCCACAGAGAUCGAAGGCGUAGGCCAGUUGCAAUUUUUCAAGCCGGAAGAUGCUCAGUAUUUCGGAAAAAUCUUAUCGGGUGAACAAGACGAAUCCAAUCUAACAAUAGAAGAGUUGAAGGAGAGAAAGAUCAUGCGCCUGUUAUUAAAAAUCAAGAAUGGUGCCCCGCCGAUGCGAAAAACGGCCCUACGGCAGAUCACCGAUAAAGCGAGGGAAUUCGGCGCGGGUCCUUUGUUUGACAAAAUUUUACCACUCCUUAUGGAACGAACUUUGGAAGACCAAGAGCGACAUCUAUUAGUGAAAGUGAUUGAUCGUGUUUUGUAUAAGCUAGACGACUUGGUGCGACCGUAUGUGCACAAAAUUCUCGUGGUCAUCGAGCCUCUAUUGAUCGACGAAGAUUACUACGCGCGUGUAGAGGGCCGUGAAAUCAUCUCCAAUCUAUCUAAAGCUGCUGGACUCGCCCACAUGAUUUCAACCAUGCGGCCUGAUAUUGACCAUGUCGAUGAAUAUGUUCGAAACACGACUGCAAGAGCGUUCUCGGUAGUGGCCUCUGCGCUGGGUAUACCCUCCCUUCUACCUUUCCUGAAGGCAGUGUGUAAGUCUAAAAAGUCUUGGCAAGCUCGACACACGGGUAUCAAAAUUGUCCAACAGAUUGCCAUCAUGAUGGGAUGUGCGGUCCUUCCGCAUCUGAAAAACUUGGUCGAAUCCAUUAGUCAUGGAUUGGAGGACGAGCAGCAAAAGGUGAGAACGAUGACUGCACUUGGCAUCGCUGCACUCGCCGAAGCUGCUUCUCCUUAUGGGAUUGAAAGUUUCGAUAGCGUUUUAAAGCCACUGUGGACUGGCAUCAGGAAGCAUCGUGGGAAAGGGCUCGCGGCGUUCUUGAAAGCCAUCGGGUUCAUCAUUCCUUUGAUGGAUGCUGAGUAUGCGAACUAUUACACUAAGGAAGUGAUGGUGAUUUUGAUCCGAGAAUUCCAAUCGCCCGACGAAGAAAUGAAGAAGAUCGUACUUAAAGUCGUCAAACAGUGUUCAGCGACAGACGGUGUCCAACCUCAGUAUGUUAAGGUAGAAAUCCUGCCCCAAUUUUUCGCCAACUUUUGGGUGCGAAGAAUGGCAUUGGAUCGACGAAACUACCGCCAAGUAGUCGAGACUACCGUAGAAUUAGCUAACAAGGCUGGGGUUACGGAAAUUGUCAGUCGUAUUGUGAACGAUUUGAAGGAUGAGUCAGAGCCGUACCGAAAGAUGGUGAUGGAAACCAUUGAGAAAGUCAUAUCGGCACUUGGAGCCAAUGACAUCGACGAACGUCUGGAGGUCCAACUAAUUGACGGGAUCAUCUAUGCCUUUCAAGAACAAACAGUCGAGGAUAUUGUGAUGCUUGAAGGCUUUGGAACCGUCGUCCAUGCCUUAGGAAUUCGUGUCAAGCCUUAUCUUACUCAAAUUGUUUCCACUAUUUUGUGGAGAUUGAAUAACAAAUCGGCUAAAGUUCGUCAACAAGCGGCUGAUCUGACCAGUAAACUCGCGGUCGUUAUCAAACAAUGCGGAGAGGAUCAGUUAUUAUCUAAACUUGGAGUAGUUUUAUUCGAACAGCUCGGCGAAGAAUACCCAGAUACCUUAGGAAGUAUAAUUGCUGCUGAAGCUUCCAUUGCCAAUGUGGUGGGUAUGACACAAAUGAGCCCGCCUGUGAAAGACCUGCUUCCUCGGAUGACGCCUAUCCUUCGAAACAGGCACGAAAAAGUGCAAGAAGCCUCGAUCAACUUAAUCGGUCGAAUUGCUGAUCGUGGAGCUGAAUUUGUGUCUGCGCGUGAAUGGAUGCGAAUUUGUUUCGAGUUGCUUGAUUUACUCAAGGCCCAUAAGAAAGCCAUCCGACGAGCUGCCGUCAACUCGUUUGGUUACAUCGCGAAAGCCAUCGGUCCCCAGGAUGUGUUAAGUGUUCUGCUCACCAAUCUGAGGGUUCAAGAGAGGCAGAGUCGUGUCUGUUCAACAGUUGCGAUUGCUAUCGUCGCGGAAACUUGUGGUCCCUUCACAUGUAUACCUGCUAUUUUGAACGAGUAUCGAACCCCGGAGUUGAACGUGCGAAAUGGGUGUUUGAAAUCUUUGUCGUUUUUGUUCGAGUAUAUUGGCGAGAUGGGUAAAGACUAUAUCAAUUCGGUCGCUACCUGCCUAGAGGACGCUCUGACAGAUCGAGAUCUAGUACAUCGUCAGACGGCUUGCUCGAUUGUCAAACAUCUUGCGCUCGGUACAGCGGGUUUAGGGCAGGAAGAAGCUAACCUUCACUUAAUGAAUCUCGUUUGGCCAAAUUGCUUUGAAACCUCUCCGCAUGUCAUUGGUGCUUGUAUGGAUGCUAUUGAGGCUAUGAGAGUAGCUGUCGGGCCUGGAGUUGUACUGCUUUACACUCUACAAGGGCUCUUUCAUCCUGCCCGCAAAGUGCGGGAAGUAUAUUGGCGAAUAUACAAUUCUAAUUAUCUCGGAGCUGCGGACGCGAUGGUUCCUUUCUAUCCUAACUUGGCCGAUGCGUCUGAUGAUGUCAGGGACUAUAGUCGCGACAUGCUGUUGGCCUGGAUUUAA